AUGAAAAGAACCAUAAAUCGACUCGAAUCCAACCCUACCGAGGACUUCAACCAGAGCGCGCUCCGGAUCCAUCAGCGGCGAAGAGAUCCGAGAAGUAGGGCGACGGAGGAGGCGAUGAAGGCGACGGCGAGCGGCGGGGAGACGACGCAGGCCGCAGAGGUGGGUGCGGGGGCGGGAGCCUCGGCAGCGAAGGCUCCUCCAGCGAGGAAGGAGGCGAAGAAAACCACGGCGAGGCAGAUCGCGAGGGCUUGGGCUCCGAAGGCGGCCAUUGAAACUACGACGAGGUCUCGGUACGAGGGUAAGCAACAACAGAGAAGAGUAAGCGAACAGAAGGGCGAAGGCGGCGUAGACGAGAUGAACCAGGAAGCGGGGGGCACCGCCCGACAGACCUGGUGGACGACGACGAGGAGCACCACCAAUGAUAUAACCAGCACGCGUCGCUGCCGCCAGUGUGCGCCAUCGCCCCCGACGGGCACUACUUCCGCCUCUGGCGACUACAGCUGCCGCUUCCUACGACCGCCAUCAGCAUGCGCCGCUGCCACCAGCGCACCGCCGCUGCCGCCAGCGCGCGCCGCCGUCCCCGACAAGCACCGCUGCAGCCUCGUGAGGCCACCGCCACCACCAUCGCAACCGACUCCAGGGGAUGUCAUUGUCGCCGACAGCGGCUGUCGCCGCCUCCGCCGACCCCAGCGCCCGAUGCCACCUCCAGCCGCCGACUGUGCCUCCUGCGACCACCAUAAUCAUCCCCAGCGGGCGCCACCGUCGUCACCCUCCAAGCAGCCGCCGUCCGAGAGCUCAAGUAUCGUACUAUGCCUAUAUUCCGGCCUGCGAGCCGAGAGUGUGUGCGGCUUUCGUGUCGCUGUUGUAUGCCGGCUUGCGAGUCGAGACUGUAGUCGGACCGUGCGUCACCUUGCGGAUCCAUAUCGCGCCCGACUUCAAGCCACCGAAGCCAGCUACUCGCCUGGUGGACAUUUAUCUACUAUUCAGGGUCACGACGACUCGAUCAGCUCACCCACCUAUCCAAGGGCGCCCCGGGGCCAGGGCGGAGGAGGGGGGCUGGGUUCGUGGGGGGCAGCCACUGCCAACCUGAGCGGGGACGGGGGUAGUUUCUCCCCUUCUCGCUCCUCGCCAGCGCCGGUCACCACUCUUUUCCUCUCCUCCUUGCGACGCCGACCGCAACCCUCCUUAUUCUUUCUCCUCAGGGCACCGCCCGACAGACCUGGUGGACGACGACGAGGAGCACCACCAACGCUAUCACCAGCACGCGUUGCUGCCGCCAGUGCGCGUCACCGCCCCCGACGGGCACUGCUUCCGCCUCCGGCGACUACAACUGUCGCUUCCUGCGACCGCCAUCAACAUGCGUCGCUGCCGCUUCCUGCGACCGCCAUCAACAUGCGCCGCUGUCGCCAUCGCGCGCCGCUGCCGCCAGCGCGCACCGCCGUCCCCGACAGGCAUCGCCGCAGCCUCGUGAGGCCACCGCCACCACCAUCGCAGCCGACUCCUGGGGCUGUCAUUGUUACCGACAGCGGCUGUCGCCGCCUCCGCCGACCCCAGCGCCCGAUGCCACCUCCAGCCGCUGACUGUGCCUCCUGCGACCACCAUAGUUGUCCCCAGCGGACGCCAUCGUCGUCACCCUCCAAGCAGCCGCCGUCCGAGGGCUCAGGUAUCGUACUAUGCCUCCGGCCUGCGAGCCGAGAGUGUGUGCGGCUUUCGUGCCGCUAUUGUAUGCCGGCUUGCGAGUCGAGACUGUAG